UGAUAAACUGACACCCGACGGUGAGGUAGGCUCUUUUUCUGUUUUCAGUUCAUAUUUAUCGUGAAAAAUUGCGACUUUCAGUUUAUAUCGUGUUAAACUACGCUAUUUUGAUGCCUAGAUUCUACUGAGUGUUCAGAGGGCUAAAUCGUGUGGAGUGAUCUUGAGCGAUGGUAAUGGAGGCGUCCCCGUCCCCGCAGAGCGUCGGCCGCGAGUUCGUCCGCCAGUACUACACACUGCUCAACAAGGCGCCCGCACACCUGCACAGGUUCUACAACAACUACUCGUCGUUCGUGCACGGCGGGCUCGACGCGCCGCACCGCGAGACGCCCCCCGUGGUGGGGCAGAAGCAGAUACACAACCGCAUCCAGCAGCUCAACUUCCGCGACUGCCAUGCCAAGAUCAGCCAGGUGGACUCGCAAGCGACGCUAGGCAGCGGCGUGGUGGUACAGGUGACGGGCGAGCUGUCCAACGGCGGCGCGCCGAUGCGGCGCUUCACGCAGACCUUCGUGCUGGCCGCGCAGUCGCCCAAGAAGUACUAUGUGCACAACGACAUCUUCCGCUACCAGGACAUAGUAUUCUCUGACGACUCGGGCUCCGGGUCGGCUCGCUCGGACGGCUCGGAGGAGGAGGGCGGCGGCUACUACCCGCCCCCCCCGCAGCCAGCCGCCUUCCCCCCGGCGCCCUUCCCCGCGCCGCCGCCGCCGCCCGCCGCGCCCGCGCUCAACGGACACCCCGCGCCCGUGCCGGAUGAACGCGCUGUUGUGGCUGCUAUGCAAGCGGCCACAAUCUCCCCGCCUGAAGCCCCGUCGCCGCCGCCCGCCGAGCCCGAGCCGCAGCCCGAGCCCGAGCCCGAGCCCGAGCCGCAGCCCGAGCCGACGCAGACAGUGGUGGCAGCCCCCGCGGCCCCGCCCGCCGCUCCGGAGCCCAAGACCUACGCCAACCUGCUCAAGUCCGGGGGCGCCGCGCCGCCGCCGCAGCGCCAGUCGCCGCCACAGCAGCAAGCGCCCCCGCCAGCCGCGCCGGUGUCGCACGAGCCGCGCCCGCGCCCCCCGCGCCCGCCCCGCGACGCCCGCGACGCGCCGCCGCCGCCCGCGGAAGGCGUCCGCCGCUACCCGGACUCGCAGCAGCUGUUCCUGGGCAACCUGCCGCACUCGGCCACGGAGGAGGCUCUCCGCGCGCUGUUCUCGCGCUUCGGCCCCGUGGCGGAGCUGCGCGUGCACAGCAAGCCGGCCGCGCCGCACGGCCCGAGGCACCCCAACUACGGGUUCCUCACCUUCGAGAGCGAGGCCAGUGCGCAGGAGUGUCUGAAUAAUGUUCCGCUGUACUUCCCGGAGAACAGCCCCGACGGCGUGAAGCUGAACGUGGAGGAGAAGAAGCGCCGGGCGGAGGCGCCGCGCCGCCGCCCGCCCUCGGGCUCGCGCGCGCCCUUCCCGCGCCCCUACCGCCGCUAGGGUGGUCUGAUCGCGCUACGGGUCCCCUUACAUUAAGUUACAGUUCUUAACAUCCGCCGACUGCCGCCAUCUCGCGAUAACGACCUCUACUCCAUACACCCAAGAUCUGUAUUGCAAAAACAGUCGUUAUUGCGUAUUUUUAUUUAUAUUAGACGGCGCUAGCAUAGUCUCUCCGUACACAGCGCUCCCCGCAGUGUUUGCCAAACGUUGGCUAUUUAUAAUGCACUCUGGUAGUCGCUCUGUUGGACCCAACGUUGGAGCAAAGCUUGGCUGCGGGAAGCGCUGUGAUUGGUCGGUUAGUGUAACGCGUAGAGCUAAGUCUUUCUCGCGUCUAUUGCGAAUUGUGCUCACGAUCUGUUUAUACGAACCUGGAUCUUAUGUACUUAUUACUGAACUCAGUUUCUCAUGUGUAGAUUCAGUCGGUUCAACGUGUUGCUAAUAUCCAAGUUGUGUAACAGAUCACAUUAUUCCAUUCUCCUUUGUAAUUAACACGCUUUGCAUUUCGCUUCACAUCGUCUAAUAAUUUGGUUUAAGUAGUUAGAUAGUAAAUUAAAUAAUUAUUUGCGUUUAGAGCGCGUGCGGAUCAAGCUUAUAUUGUUUAUAAUAAAUUGAUAACUGUAGGGAUAUCAGGUGAUUUUAAUUUUUGCGAGCAUGAUCACCAAUUUUCCGAUAAUCCAAUAUUUAAUUUAUCAGUAAAUUAAUUUAGCACUUCUGAACAAAAUGUGAUUAACACGGCCGCCGCACGCGCCUCUGACACUCCAAAACUUACCACUCGCUCUAUGGACAUGUCUACUGAACUACGACCGACAGUUUUUUCACUGAUCAACACCACCAUUUUUAUACGCCACCAUUAAUCCAUCCUUUUUUAUCAUCUUCAUCAUCAAUCAUCCACUUUUUUUGUAUAUCAGUGAAAAAACUGCUCAAAAUAUAUUUUUAAGGCGUCACAAAAGACGUUAACAGCAUUUGUACGGGCUGACGCGGCAACGUGGCCACUGCCGCUUCCUGUGCUCUGAUUGGUUGGAGCGUUUCUGACGUCACGCCCCUUUAUUUGUGCUAGACUUGUCGAAGGCUUAGGACUGAACUCUAGUGUGAUUUCGGGGUGAAAAGUAAAUGAGUAGCGGACUAUGACCGUUACAACAGUAAAGAUUAACACUAUAGUGACGAUUAUCGCUUUAACCAGCUGUUUUCAAACUACAACGUUUUCAUUAGUCAUCGUAACUGUUAGACUGGUCUACGCUAGUAAAACGUAGCUGAUUGGUCCGCUACGCAGUUACUCUGUCUCUCCUCUCGAUGGUUGUUUUUUAUACUGUGCGUGCGAAUGAUAAGUUCGGUUCCUUAACUUCGGGUUAGUUCGUUAGUUAUGCGAUGAAGAUCCUAUCCUGUGACCCUAGUUGUGUCUAGUUAAUUUUAGCGUAGCCAAGUAUUCAUAUUCUAGUUGAAGCGAUCUCGUCUAGAAGCGGUUCAGUUUAAAACAUAAUAAUAAUAUUCACAGGACAGGAUCACUCGCCACGGAUACGAUUCGUGUGUAAACAUUCAUUAUGUAUAGUUUACCUUUGUAUGUAUUUCGUCGAUUUUCAUUUGGGAAUACACUUUUUGUUUGUUAAUAAUUGGGAGUUGGAUCCUUAGGGUGUGCGCAACCUGCUGUGUGUCGACAAUACACGGAGACGCAGCAGUGUGGGCAGCCUUACACAGAUACGUUUAAUUUAGAUCGAUAACUCAAUACUGUUGAGUUAUUUCGAGAAGAACUUGUCGUAAAUUUUGCUGAGAUUUAAACCCAGGUAUUUUGUUUAGUAAACCUUACGGCAAGUUGACCGGGGGCCUUAUUGACCAAUAUCGUUAUAAGUCUGACAGGAGCCUUUUAAUGAAUGGCGAGUGAACCAAUCACGAUUGCAAGAAGUGACAGCGCCUGUCAGAUUUAUAGAACAUUAGCCAAUGAGGCCCACAGGCCCGCCCGGCGCCGGCAAACAUUUGAUCAUGACGGUUUUGUGAUUUUGUAUCUGUUUUGUAUAUUUUAUUUUGUAUAACUUAGCAUAUACUUCUCCACUCACAAUAUACAUUAUAUUUUCAACAAUGUAUUUAUUUAUUUUUGUCCAAAUUAUUCAUCUGCUUUUAGUUUUACCCUGUAAAUGUGAACAUUAUACCAUCAACCGUGUUGCUCUUGAAUAUCCACAUCUUACUUGUAAUAAGUAGUCUACACUAGUGAUAUAAUGAUGGGGUUCAGGAGUAACAUCAACAGUGUAAAUACCCUGUUCUCAAAAUAGUAAAUAUCAUUGUCAUUUAAUCAUUUUUGUAUAAUUGGUAAAAGUAUUCUACAUUCGGGUUGAGGCGACGGCUUCCAUUUACAAAAAUGGUCGAUGCUUUUAUAAAAUUUCUAACCGAGUCCUAAUUUAGCUACAGAUUUGUCAUCAUUAUUAUGAUUUAGCCUCGCCGAUAGCCGUGAUAAUAAAUUUAUGUUGUAAAUACGUUCUGGUUAAUUCUUUUACGUAGAGAAAUUAAACUUCAAUAAUAUAAUAAUUACUAUUAUUAAUAUACUAACUUGCUAUAGUUCUAGAAUCUUAAAGGCUAUUUGGGAUUUAAUGUACUUUUGUAAAUUUGCUUAUAAGCACUUUAACUUGUCUCCUUAAAGGGCAGAGAUAAAUAAGUUCGUCAAGUUAACUUCUUAUGAGCUGCACGAUAUUACGUAAAUAUUAUAUUCAAAAAUAGAUGACAGUUGAUAAAGUAAAUAGUUAUUAUUGUCGGUGGUUGUUCAAGGCGAAGCUGACACUCUAUACUUGUCUCACUCUUACAAAGCUCAAUAGCAGCGAAGUUAGAGCGAGGCAGUGUGUGACAGCUACAAGCGCCAACUACCGACCAUUUUCAAAUAAAUGUAUAGUUCUAUAAAUAGCUACGAAAAAUAAUGUCCUCAAUUUAUAAAAUAUACUUUUAUAUUAUUUUAAAGGCCUUUCUAGACAUACGCGAUAUUCGAUAUGGAUAUGGGAAACGGUAUUUGUACUUCUUUCGUCGCGUCGCUCAGCACGCGUAACCGUGUGACACUACGUGCUACCUAAGGUAACGAAUAUCGAAUAUGUCUAACAGACCCUAAGACCCUAAGUCAUUGCUGUGCUAAGCUAUCAAGAGUAGCUUGUACCUUGUAUAACCACAUGUUUCACUUUGUCAACCCACAUACAUACAACUGCAGACACUGAAAUACUAAUUUUAUGUGUAGGUAUUUCUUACAAUGGUUAAUUUAAUAGAUACGAGAAUAAGUUGGCAGUGACCAGUUUUGAAGGCUAAAUUACAAAAAAAAAAACAAAUUUUGUUUUCAUUGCAACGAUUUGUUGAGCUAAAUUUCAUGUACUUAUUUUUUGUAUAUAAUACUUCCAACUCAUAAUAGUUUCCCUAAACUAUGGACGGACAUCGUGUUUUAUAGUAUAGUGUAUUUAUGUAAAAUUGCGGCGUUUGCAAUAGUAACAGUUAAUAAAAGUAUUAAUUUCGGCUCAAGAAAGUAUUUGUUCACAAAAAAAUGUCCGCAAAUAUGUUACAUGUACGGUGAACCUUCCUGAACAAGACUGCUUCUGUAUAAAUAAACUGGCUACUAAUGCAGACUUAGCGCGUCACUGCCACACUAGGUAAAAUGUUAUUUAACAUACAGGGUGUUACAUUGAAAGUCAUCAUUUUACAAGUUAUAAAUUUUAAUUCACCAAAAUUAACCCAUAAUAUUAUAGGUACCUACUUGUCAAAGAAUCAGUUUAUCAUACAGCGCCAUUUUGUUAUUUUCAUGGUAGCCAUUUUGUACAAUAAGGUUGUAACGCCCUGUUUGGAUGCCAACAAAGCGAUGUCGGUCCCAGAAUGGCCGGACCACUCUGUUUUCGGGCGAUUUGUCUAAUUGUGUUUUUUUCUUUGAUCAUUUAAAACGGUAAUAGAUACAAAACACACAGCUAAUAGAGACAGUCAUAAAGAUUGUAAUAAUUUGAAUACAAUUGACAAAUCGCCUACCCAUUCCUAUCAAUUCGGUAUUGUUUGUGAACUAACUUUAGACACCAUUGUUUUUUUACGAAUCCCAUUUUGUUAAAAAUAGUGUUUAAUUGUAUUUCGUGGGGUCUCAAGUUAGUGAACAUAUUAUUUUGAAAUUGUCUUGCGUGGUGACACCAGCGGUGCGUCGCCGCCGCGACAGUUGCAUAUAGACACACGCACAUACACACCCGCUUUGUGAUACUCGGUGUAUCGCGUGUGAAACACACUGUAUCGCUUGUGACACAUAGUGUAUCGCGUGAGACGCAAAAUGUAUCACCGUACCGUGUCUGCUGUGAGUGCGUGUGUCUGUAUGGGUAGCGGCGACAGUGAGAUGAACUGCCCUCGGUAAUAGAGAUACUUUUUGUAACA